AUGGAAAGACCAAAUAACAACUUUAGCGACAUGAGCCGAAGAGCCGGAGAAAUUUUUAGACGUAUAAACAGACUAACAGACGGUCCUCUAACGAGAAAGAAACUAGUAUUAUUGAUCUUAGUAGUAAUAUUUCUAUUACUCUACAUCGGACCAAUUAUAAUGAACUCUUUCUUCAAUAAUGAGAGUUCCUCGAAAAGCAAUCAGAAUGUAUGUCAUCGGAACUUCUUGAACCCGUUCCAAGAUGCUCUCAACGACUACGACGCUUAUUUGAGAUUGGAAUCGUCUGCGACACUCCUGUCACUGAGUCACAACUAUGUGCCUUAUGUCGGAAACGGCCUGUUAGGUCUAGCGUUAGAACAUGAUUCUCAUUUGAAUAUUAAAUUUGGUAGGACCUUAUCCUUACCAGUUUAUUAUCAUCCACUGUACAUAAUAGACGAUAUAGAUAUGAAAGAGUCAACUCUAGUGGACUAUAAAAAUGGUGUUGUGCAUAGAUUUCAGUGCAGUAACACUGGAUUACACGUAUCUUACCAAUACUAUGCACAUAGAACAAUCCCCUCACUAUUUGUUCAAGAAAUCUUAAUUAAUAAUCCCCUGAAUGCACCAAAAAGCCUACACAUAUCUGUACCAAGGCUAUCAGACUGGCCAACGUCUGUAAAGCAAACUAUAAAACUUCAUCAAGGGGUUGAUGCAAAUGAAUAUGAAGUUGUGACCGGUAUGUUAUCUCUACCUGAGAGUGAAAAUGUAAUUGCUGUGUCAGUUGUUUGUAGGAAACUAAAAAAUGUUGUGCAAAUUGAAGCUAGGGAUGGCUUAGAUCUUCUCAUUCUAACCACAGUCCAGUACAGUAAACCUAUCAAGAGGUCUGAUUAUGCAAAACACAAGGAUAUUGUUGAAAAGAAAGCAAUUUCGGAAAUGGAAAAAGUUAUCGCAAUGAUUGGUGAUAGAACUGCAGUAAGAAAAUUAAGAGAAAACCACUCUAGAGUUUGGCAAGGUUUGUGGGACACUGGUUUUUACAUAUCUGAUUCAAAAGCCAGUGGCGUCAUUAAUGGAGAUAGGAUUAAUGCAACUAUAUAUGCUAUUCUCUCCCAAGUCAGAAGCUACGAACAUGAGGAACACAUAAAGUUCGAAACAAAAUCAGAAAUCCUUCGAACUCUUACUUAUUCUGAAGGGUGUUACGAAGGAUAUUCUACAUUGGACGCAUUUAAUUUGUGGAAACCAUUAAAUAACCUAGCGAACUUGAAUAGUGUUGCAAGUAUAUGGCUAUUAACAUUAGAAAAGCAAGGUUGCCACAAUCUCCUAAAAGCCGGAGCGAGUGGAGUCAACCAGGCUAUGAUCCUGAGUUUUGGUAGCUUAAGAUUUAGCAAUCAACAUCUUGAAUACAACAUUCACCCGUCAAAACUGCAUCGAGAUUUUCUAUUCCGUAGAAUCAACUAUGGAAACAUGACUCACGUGAACAUUAGUGUUAUAUUACAGGAAGACAAUAAAGCAGCUAUAUUUGUAGCUUUAGAUCGCUCCGACAAAACAUACUACGCCUGCGAUGCCGGCUGCUUGGAUUCACCAGUACAAUUAGGGCCUUAUCGAAAGUAUUUCCCAGUAAAAUUAACAGAACCAUUAACAGCAAUAUUGUAUAUAACAGCUGACAAGCAGCAUAUGGAGGAUUUGAGGCAUGCAAUUCACGUUCAUGAGGUCGUCGAGGCUCCUGCUCACGAGCACCAUGUUAUCGCCUUACACAGACAUGGGCAUAGUUUCGGUGGACUCAACCCCUUAUUCUGGGUGUCCAUCAUAGUCCUAAUAGUAAUGUUCCAUUUAUUCCUCUGUAGGAUAAUCAUGAAUGAGUUCUGUGAUAGUGGCACAAAUAUUAGUUACAAGAGAUUGUAUAACAAGGCUUAAUUAUAAAUUUUAUUUAAA